AACAAGGAUAGUGAAACACGGUUCGGCUUUUGUUUCCUAACGUUUCUCGCAUAUUCUUGCACGAAAUCCACACGCGUUUCGUGUCCCUUCUCUGCUCUUUCACAACCGCAACAACUCCUCUGUUUCUCCCUCUAAAAAACACACACUUUCAGUUACCCUCUCCAUUAUAGUUCUCUCUCACCAAAACCAAUUCCAUCCACCCUUUUAAACCCUUCAUACAAUCCUUUUUUCUAGAGAGAGAGAGAGGAAUCAUGGCGAGGGAAGAUUUGGAGAGCAGGGGAGAGAAGAAGAGAGAGAAUCCGUCGUAUGUGGUUGAGGAAAGGGACACCCAAUGGACGUCAUGGUUGAUCCCCAUGUUUGUCGUGGCGAACAUCGCCGUUUUCGUGGUCGUGAUGUACGUCAACAACUGUCCGAAACACAUCGACGGAAAGUGCUUGGCGAGUUUUCUUGGGCGGUUUUCUUUUGAACCCUGGAAUGAAAAUCCUUUGCUCGGCCCUUCAUAUUCAACAUUGGAGAAGAUGGGGGCUCUCAAGUGGGAAAAAGUGGUGCACAAGCAUCAAUCAUGGAGGCUUAUCUCUUGUAUCUGGUUACAUGCUGGUAUUAUUCAUCUGGUUGUAAACAUGUUGAGCCUGGUCUUCAUCGGCAUUCGCCUCGAACAACAGUUUGGUUUUGUCCGUAUUGGGAUCAUCUACCUGUUAUCAGGCUUCGGUGGGAGCGUACUUUCUACUCUAUUUAUCCAAAAUAGCAUUUCUGUUGGUGCUUCCGGUGCUCUUUUUGGGCUUCUUGGUGCAAUGCUUUCAGAGCUUAUUUCCAACUGGUCUAUUUAUUCCAACAAGGCUGCAGCGCUUGUAACACUACUUGUAAUCGUAGCUCUCAACCUAGGCCUUGGAAUUCUGCCAGGUGUUGAUAAUUAUGCCCAUAUUGGAGGAUACUUGACGGGUUUCCUCCUUGGCUUUGUUUUGCUGCCUCGCCCUCAGUAUGGGUGGAUGGAGCGUCGGAACCUUCCGGCUGAUGUUCGCGUCAGAUCCAAAUACAAGCCUUACCAGUAUGCGUUGUGGUUGGUUUCUCUGGCUCUUCUUGUUGCUGGAUUUACUGUAGGAUUGGUGAUGCUAUUCCGAGGAGUUAACGCGAGCAAUCACUGCCACUGGUGUCACUACCUGGACUGUGUCCCCACCGAUAAGUGGAAGUGCAACCGAACAUAGGAUCCGAUGAGCUUCUCCCUCCCUCUCAUUUGGGGUCAACGGCCAUACGAUUCCAGAAUUUGGUCUGUGGAUUUCCAACUGGUGUUUGUGUAAAUGAUUAGAGUCGGGUUUUCUAGCAUCGCUUUUUACGAGUUCACGUAAUACGAUUGGUAUAUUCUUGUAUAUCAAACAGAAAUUUAGCAGUUGAUAUAUCUACCAUCUUUGUUUCUUUAUUUUUAAUUUAAUAAAAUCGCGUUUCUGUU